AGAGGAGGAGCUAGGCCUGGAGGAUCCGCCGGUUGUCGCGGUCGCUCCCGCCGUCGGUGUCUGCGGGUCGCCAAGAGCCAGGCCUGGCGGGCGGGGUUGGUCGCGAUGCCGGAGUUGGCGGUGCAGAAGGUGGUGGUCCACCCCCUGGUGCUGCUCAGUGUGGUGGAUCAUUUCAACCGAAUCGGCAAGGUUGGAAACCAGAAGCGGGUUGUUGGUGUGCUUUUGGGAUCUUGGCAAAAGAAAAUCCUUGAUGUAUCCAACAGUUUUGCAGUCCCUUUUGAUGAAGAUGACAAAGAUGAUUCUGUCUGGUUUUUAGACCAUGAUUAUUUGGAAAACAUGUAUGGAAUGUUUAAGAAGGUCAAUGCCAGAGAAAGAAUAGUUGGGUGGUACCACACAGGCCCUAAACUACACAAGAAUGACAUUGCCAUCAAUGAACUCAUGAAAAGAUACUGCCCUAACUCAGUAUUGGUCAUUAUUGAUGUGAAACCAAAGGACCUGGGGCUGCCCACUGAAGCGUAUAUAUCAGUGGAAGAGGUUCAUGAUGAUGGAACGCCAACAUCAAAAACAUUUGAGCACGUGACCAGUGAGAUUGGAGCAGAGGAAGCAGAGGAAGUUGGAGUGGAACACUUGCUAAGAGACAUCAAGGACACCACAGUGGGCACUCUCUCACAGCGGAUCACAAACCAGGUCCAUGGUUUGAAGGGACUGAACUCCAAGCUUCUGGAUAUCAGGAGCUACCUGGAGAAAGUAGCCACAGGCAAGCUGCCCAUCAACCACCAGAUCAUAUACCAGCUGCAGGACGUCUUCAACCUGCUGCCGGACGUCAGCCUGCAGGAGUUUGUCAAGGCCUUCUACUUGAAGACCAAUGACCAGAUGGUGGUGGUGUACUUGGCCUCGCUGAUCCGCUCUGUGGUUGCUCUGCAUAACCUCAUCAACAACAAGAUCGCCAACCGUGACGCGGAGAAGAAGGAAGGGCAGGAGAAGGAGGAGAGCAAAAAGGAGAGGAAAGAUGACAAAGACAAGGAAAAAGACAAGGAGAAGGGUGAUGGAAAGAAAGACGAGAAAAAGGAGAAAAAGUAAAACUUGUAGCUUUUUUAAUGUGUGAAUUAAAAUCUUAUAAACUAAGUCAGUGUGCCACUAGAGGGUUCUUUUUCACUUUCAGUGCUUGUUAAAGCUGUCUUGGUGAGAGCUCUCUACCACAGUCACUUCAUGUGGCAUUCCUUGGAAGUGAAUGGACACGAACUGAUCGGGAACCCAAACCACAGCUUCAGCUCAGGCGUCUUGAUUGUAUGAGGAAAGCAAAGAGAACUCAGCGUAUCACUUUGUACUCUUCAUUCUUUGUCCAUAAAACCAGGAGUUGAAUUUGUUCCCAUUUUAAGAGAUUCAUGGGGUCUGUUUCUGGUGGUUGACAGAAUUGCUAAAAGGAAUGCCUUGAUCCCAUAUGCUCCCUGCCUCCUGACCCCUUGAGAUCUGGCCCUUCUGAACCUUCAGCUUGAGAACAGCACGCCAUGUUUUGGACCCACAAUGUAGCUCUUGCAUUCUCAGGGCUUGGGAUCUAGCUCCUUACAUUGUUUACCUUCAAAGACACAAUUAAAUGGCUUGGUUUUUAA